AUGUCUGAUAUCCCGCUUUUAACAGAUUAUAUGUUAUACUUAACCAACCAAACAUUGUUUGGCCAAUUCUGCGUUGCAAAUCUUAUUAUCGCUGGUAUAAUGAUGAUUUACUUCGCCUUCUUCUCAAUGCCAUAUGGUAAAAAUUACACAAGAGGAAGAGCUUACCUCAAAGUAGAAGUUAAAGAUAGAAUAGCAUUUUUACUUGCAAAUAUUCCUGGUCCAAUCAUUUACAUUCUUUUAACUGUUUCCUGGCCACGUGGUGAAAUCUUCCAAAUUCCAUCCCUUUUAUACAUUGGAUUUUACAUUCAUCGUGCUAUCAUAUACCCAUUCUUCCGCCGUCCACAAUCAAAGCCAUGGCCAUUAGAAUCACUUAUUUAUUUCUCUGUUUCAAACUUCAUUGAAGGAUCGAUUCUUGCUCGUAUCCAUGUUUUCGAGACAAAGCCAUACCCAAUUAUAGUUCAAAUCUUAUUCGCAAUUGUUUUCAUAGCACUUGCCGUUGUUACAGCCUACUACGACUAUCAGAUCUGCCAGCUUCGCACACAUGGUGAUUCUGGCUAUAGAAUUCCUCAGGGAACACUCUUUAAAUAUAUUUCUGGUCCAAAUUAUCUUUUCGAGUUACUUACAUGGACAUUUUACAUGCUCUUCGUAUCAUUCAAUCUCGAAGGCGUUUCCUUUGGCCUUUGGCUUUUGGUGAAUAUUACAGGACGUGCAGAAGCUUCCCAUUCAUGGUAUAACUCUUUCUUCAAGACCAAAUACCCACAAGAUAGAACUGCUUACAUUCCAUUCGUUAAGAAUUCCCGUUGGUUCCUUUAA